UGGUCCGAGCGGGGCGGGGCCGGGGUCGGUGACGUCGCGCCGGGAAUAGCCCGGGCUGCGGCGCCCAGGCCCGUCGGAGAGCCAGGGUGGGCGCCGGGCCAAGCCGGGGCGCGCUCGGACCCCGGCCCCACCGCCCCAACCUGCCGCCGCUAUGUACGACCCCGAGAGCGGCUGGAGCCUGUCCUUCGCCGGCUGCGGCUUCCUGGGCUUAUACUACAUCGGGGUGACCCGCUGCCUGAGCGAGCGCGCCCCGCACCUCCUCCGCCACGCGCGCAAGUUCUUCGGCGCCUCGGCGGGCGCGCUGCACUGCGCCUUUUUCCUCUCCGGGAUCCCGCUGGACCAGACAGUGCAGAUCCUCAUGGACCUCGUCCGGAGUGCCAGGAGCCGGAACAUCGGGAUCCUUCACCCGGCCUUCAGUUUGAGCAAGCACAUCCGAGACGGUCUCCGGAGACACCUCCCUGACAACGUCCACCAGCUCGUCUCGGGCAAGAUGGUCAUCUCGCUUACCAGAGUGUCCGACGGAGAAAACGUGCUGGUGUCGGAUUUUCAUUCCAAAGAUGAAGUCGUGGACGCCCUGUAUUGUUCCUCCUACAUCCCUCUCGUCUUUGGCUUGAUUCCCCCUUCCUUCAGAGGUGUGCGAUAUGUGGAUGGAGGAAUAAGUGAUAACAUACCCUUCGCUGAUACCAAAACGACCAUCACUGUGUCCCCCUUCUAUGGGGAGAGUGACAUCUGCCCCAGAGUCAAGUCCAUGUUCUUUCUUCACGAAGGUUUCACCAAGCUCAACAUGUCCUUCUGCACAGAGAACCUCUACCUGUUGUUCCGGUCGCUGUUCCCGCCGGAUGGCAAGGUGCUUGGAGAGCUGUGCCUUCAAGGAUACGUAGACGCGCUCAGGUUCUUGGAGAAGAACGGCAUCCGUGACGGGCCUCAUCCGUGCCUGAGCGCGUCCCCGGCAGAGUCGGAGCCCGGGAGCCUGGAGGCUUUUCCGGGCGUGGCCACCUGGGAGGCGGGGCCUGAGCCUGUCGAGCUGCUGGACCACGUGCGCCUCAGCGUGCUGUCCUGGGACGAGAGCGUCCUGGAGACCCUGUCGCCCAAGCUCAUCAUGGCACUGAGGAAGGCAGUCAGAAGCCAAGAUGGGUACAUAGACAAGAUUUGCAACUUCUUACCAGUUAAGAUCCUGUCCUAUGUGAUGCUGCCCUGCACGCUGCCCGUGGAGUCUACCAUUGCUGUGGUCCAGAGACUGGUGACGUGGCUUCCAGACAUGCCCAGCGACAUCCAGUGGCUGUGGUGGGUCACCUCCCAUGUGUGUUCUCAAGCCAUGGUGCGUCUGCUCCCCGCCUCCAGAUCCCAAAUCCCAGCAAGCGGCCAACGGCCUUCCUCCACAAACCAGAACACCGUGGGUACCGCCAGGCUCUCUGCUCCUCCAUGGACCUGGACGCCCGCCCUGUGGACGUCCCGCAGAGGCCAGAGCUGACACCUGUGAUGUACGCAGAAUGACCUCCGUGCUGAGUUUGUAGUGUCCUGAAACCAAAGGCAAUCUUUCUGUCUUACAAAGAGCUUGGAAGCUACUCUUGGUGUGCGUGGUGGGUGCAGAGCUUGGGGAUACCCAGGAUAUGCGUCUCUGAGUAUCGUUGGCUCGGCUGGGAAACUGCACAAGGGUGACCGGCGUGGGGGAGUCUGUGACUGACUUGUUGCCCACUCAGCUAUCCCAAGGCAGGCUCCUAGGGUGACUGGUGUUUGGAUCAGGGACCUUGCGGCGGGGAGCUGGGCUGCCCUUUGUGCAGUUUUGGGGGUUGUGGGAAGGAUUGUGGUCCCAUCUCUCUGUACAGAAAGCAGUCAGUGUCAGGCGAGGUGGGGUGCCAUCCUCCCAAGGACACCCCUGGUUUUGGGGGGCAUUAUAAGGUAGUAACUUACUUGCACUCUGGUACAUCUUGCUGCUGCUGCUGCUAAGUCGCUUCAGUCGUGUCUGACUCUGUGUGACCGCAUAGACGGCAGCCCACUAGGCUCCUCUGU